AAAACGAUUUUUAUCGGCUUUGCUCACGGCAGCAAGGAAAAAGAACUUUUAUAGUCGUGCCACAGGCGAGUAGUGGUGGUGGUACGAGCGCAGGAGAGGAAUAAACUACUAUUUGCUGGGUAGAGGGAGAAGAAGGAGCGAUGGUGAUGGUGGUGGAGGCGAGCGCAUGAGGUAGCACUAGAGAGAGGGGAGGAAGGUUGAAGAAGGCGUGGUGAGGUGUGGAGGGCGGCGUAGGCGACUAGGUCCCAUCCCAUCGCCCAUCGCUAGGGUAGUAGUAGUAGUAGUAGUAGCCUUGUCUCUUCACCUCACCUCUCCUCUCCUCUCCUCCUCCACCACCACCACCACCGGCGCCAGCGCCACCUACCCCCGCGAGGUCGCCGCUGUUGCUGCUGCGGCGCGCGGUUUUCGCUAGAAGACACUCUUGGUAGCAUUGUACCCUGAGUCUUGCAAGUUCAGUAUGGGUUCCGGAAUGGUGAAGAAGAAGGUGGUGAAGGCCAGUUCUUUUGAUCUGGAUGUCAAACUUGAUAAAAGUUGGAUGGAGGAUGUCACUUGUCCAAUCUGUCUAGAUUUCCCUCACAAUGCUGUCCUUUUGAGGUGUACCUCAUAUGAGAAGGGUUGUAGGCCAUUCAUAUGCGACACUGACCAGUCUCGUUCGAACUGUCUUGAGCGGUUCAAAGGUGCACACGGGCUCCCGACCAAUAUGAAAGUCCCAUCUUUUAAUGGAGCUCCUCUCGAUAGCAUUCACAUCAUUUCGUCAAACACAACCGACCGCCCAGCUUGCCCAUUGUGUAGAGGUGAUGUUAUUGGGUGGGUUGUUAUUGAUGAGGCACGUUUGCAUCUUAACCAAAAGAAAAGAUGUUGUGAAGAAAGCCGUUGUUCAUAUGUAGGAAACUUUCAUGAACUUCAGAAGCACACCCAACAAAAGCAUCCAAAUUCACGACCGUCAGAAAUUGAUCCUGCUCGGCGAGUUGAUUGGGAGAAUUUCCAGCAGUCUUCGGACAUCAUAGAUGUCUUGAGCACAAUACAUGCUCAGGUGCCUAAUGGUAUAGUUUUGGGAGACUAUGUCAUUGAGUACGGGGAUGAUGAUGCUGGAGAUGACUAUGAAGUUUACCACAGGGUUAGGGGGAACUGGUGGACAUCCUGUAUUUUCUGUAAGGCAUUCCGCAGAUCUUCAGGAAGCAGAAGUAGAGCAAGAGCAAGGGAAAGGAGAGGUAGUGGAAGGAGGAGCAGCAAUAGGUCUAGUCAAGAAAGCUUUACUAUUGAGGUGCCCUCAGGAUCUGUUGACAUAAGGGAAAUCAGAUUUGAUGAAAUAGAUGAUGAAUAUAUAGUUACAGGAGCAAUGCCUGGCAUUGCCACAUCCAGGAGAAUAGCCAGUCAUUAUAGGGAUCCUAGAUAUGGACGCAGACGCUCAUACUACUAGGAUGAACCGACCACAUGAAAUGCAAUGCGCUGCAGCCACAACCAGAAUCGCUGUACCUCUACCCGCUUCUUCGUUUUCUUGUCCUCUCCAAACGCUAGAAGAUGCUAUCUCAGCCGAAAUUUGGUGUGCAUAUAAGAUAGCAGCAAACCCUUUCUUCAUUGUUGUUCAUUCACAGGAAUCCAUUGUAUCUUUAACCCCUUUCUUCAUUGUUUCACCAUUUUAGGUUUCUGUGUAAAUAUGUAACCCCUACCUUAUAGCAAUGUUGAUCCAAGGUUUCUCUCCGGGAAAUCCAUUGUAUCUUUAAAAUGUUUCUCUGGAAAUACAGCAAACUUUUACAGGAAAAAGCUCCCAAAUUUGUC